AUGGUUACCCUUACCGAAGUCGAGGACGAACACUUCCAGGAGCACCCCGGUGCCCAGUACGAAGACGACGAGGACUACACGGAUACUGAGUCCGAAAUCUCCAAUGACUCCGACUUUGACGCUGAGAACGAGAGCUUCGCCGAGCGCCUGUACGCCCUCCGUGAUAUCGUCCCGCCUAAGACGCGCGGCUGGAUCGCCGACAGCGCGAGCGCCAUCUCCAACCGCGCGUGGAGCGUCAUGUCCUUUGGCGGCAAGAGCGCCUGGGUCAUCACCACGUCGAUCCUCUUCCUGGGCGUCCCCUUUGCGCUGUCGUUCCACGAGGACCUGCAGUACGCCGCGAUGGAGCAGGAGUACAAUAUGCGCCAGAGCGGCGGCGACAUGCUGACCGGCGCUGCCGGCGAGGAGCAGAGCACCGCCGAGAAGGUUGGUGCCGCUCUCGCCGCCGAGGGCCAGGGCCAGGCCAAGCCUGCUCUGUAA